AUGGAUCGCGACGUAGCACUCAGUUUUGGCUCGAUCGCGUUCAUGGCUUGUAUCGUCGUAUUCUACUUCUACCAUGCUCGCUAUCGCAAUUUCUACCAACCCCGCACAUUCCUUACCCCGAUGCACAAACGUCCUCGCCCCCUUCCCGUCAGACUUUACUCUUGGUUUUCCGCGCUUCUUCGUGAAGAUGACGUCCACAUCCUCGACAUGAACGGUCCCGAUGCCUACUUCUUCGUUCGCUACAUCCGACUCAUGUGCACGAUUCUCCUCCCCGUUUCGGUCCUCGCGUGCAUCGUCCUCAUGCCCGUCUCCUCCUCCACUCCCAAUGCAGGUUUAUCUGGACUGAACAUGUUUACCUUCGGAAACGUGCCGAAAGACCAACAAUUGAAGCACGUCGCGCACCUGCUCGUUGCCGUCACCGUCAUUCUUUAUGUCCUUUUCCUCCUCCACCGCGAAUACGCCAACUUCAUCCGCAUACGUCAGAAGUACCUCUCCUCUCCUGCGCACAGCCGCCUCGCGCGCGCCCGCACGGUGAUGCUCACCCACCUCCCUCCCUCCCUCAUGUCAUCCGACGCCAUUCGGUCUCUCGUCCCCACGCCAAUACUGCGUAUCUGGCUCCCCCGGUCCACUACCGGUCUCGACGAGCUCUUUUCCCAUCGCGAACGAGAAUGCCUCAAACUCGAACGCGCCGAGGGUGCCCUCCUGCUUCAAGCGACGAGGAACGUCAACAAGAACAGGGUGCCCUCCGACCCAGGCCUCGCCGACCCCGAAAAGUCGCCCUACGACUUUGCCACGAAGUUCGUCACGCUCGAGGACAUGCCAUCGCACCGCAUCGGCCCGCUCCCACUCGUGAGCAGGAAGGUGAACACGCUCCAGCACAUUCCGGCGCAGAUCAAGGAGCAGAGCGAUCGUAUCGACGCUGGGCGCGCGACCUACCAGGCGGCGCAGCGCGGCGAGCUGUGGGCCACGCAGUUGCAUCCGCUCACGGGCGCGGCAUUUGUGCGUUUCGAAAGAACGGAGGACGCCCACGCGUUUGCGCGCAACGUCGGGGCUGUGACCAAGCACACGCGAAUCAAUGCCGCGGUAGAUGUCGUGCCGGAAGAUGUAAUCUGGAGCAAUCUAGGACUGUCCCGCGCGAUGCGCGCGCUGAGGACGGGGAUCAGUUGGUUGCUCGCCAUUGGGCUGAUCAUCGCGUGUGCGGUCCCUGCGGCAUUCGCUGGUGUGACCUCAAACGUCAGCUUCCUUUGCAACGAAGUCCGCCUCCUCUCCUGGAUCUGCGAGCUUCCCGCCCCAGUCGUCGGCAUCGUCCAGGGUGUGCUCCCACCUGUCGUUCUUACGAUUCUCUUCGCGAUCCUUCCCGUCCUCCUUCGCCCCCUCAUCAGCCUGCAAGGUUCUCCGCGUCGAUCAGAUAUCGAAAAAGCGCUCUUUUCCCGGAUGUGGUUCUUCCAGGUCAUCCUUGGCUUCCUUGUCGUGACCCUCGGCUCUGGUCUACCACCCUCUCUCAGCCACAUCACCCUGGCCACGGACAAACUCCCCAGCGAGCUCGCAACGCACCUUCCCGACGCAGGCGUGUUGUUCAUCACGUAUCUCAUCACUAGCACGCUGGCCAUGUCAGGCGCAGGGGUCUCGCGCAUCGUGCCGUUGCUCAUGGCCAAGUGGCGGAAUAUGCGCAGGAUGAACACGCCGAGAGAGGUGUGGAGGACGGACUGGGGGAUGGGCAAGCUGGAUUUGGCAACUGCGUGGCCUACCGUUGCGCUUAUGGGAUGCAUAUGCAUCGUCUACUCGGUCGUCCAACCCGUCGUGGUCGGUAUUGGCGCUGCUGGGUUUCUCCUGCUUUACGUCACCUACAAGUACUUGGUGCUGUAUGUGGUUGAACAGCCUGAGGAGCUAGAGACCGGCGGGUUAUACUAUCCCCGAGCCCUCGGGACGGUGUUCGUUGCUCUGUACCUUUUAGAGGCAUGGCUGGGUACGCUGUUCUUCCUCAGCGCGCCUGCCGGUAACGGCCUUUCUAUUAUGGGCUCGCUUGGUGGAUCGGUCAUGGGUGUCAUGAUGAUCUUGACGGCAUUAUGCGAGAUCUGGAUGGUGCGAUGGAAAUUCUCGCCCGCGACGUACACCUUCCUCGACACGGGCGUACAUUACUUCAAGUCUAGCUCCGUGGCGUGGUUGAAUCCUACCUCCCCCGACGCGGCCAGCAUUAGAGGGAGCAUCACCUCCGGCACUACGUCGCCCGCGAUUCCUCCCGGCCUUCAGUGCGGGAUAACAGAAGAAAUGCUCGCAGGCGCGCAGUACGGCCGUACGACUGGUCUGCAUGCGGAGGCGUUCGAUCCACCUUCAACGUGGAAGGACCAGCGGCUGAUCUGGAUGGCGGAUGACGAGCUCGGACUGGCGAGGGCAGAGAUGAGGAGGCUGAGGAUGGAAGGCGUCGCGUCAAGUUGUGAGUGGGCCCGCAUGCUCGAUAACGGGAAAGUGGAGGUAGUGAUGGGGCCGCCGGACGAGGCAUGGCGCCUGCUCGAGGGAACAGAAACCGUCCCCACCGCCAAGCAAAGCACGGCGCGAACCUUCUUCGCGUAA